UUAUCAGACGUGUUCAAGAUGUCGAAUAAAAUAAUUAUAUUGACAGUAAUAUAUUUUUCAAGUUUAAUACCACAGGGUAUUAGUUUACCGCAAGGUUGCCCAUGUGGUAGACGUCAAUCUGAUAAUACAGGGUUCACUCAAUAUGUAUUAGCUCGUCCAUGGUCUGAGUAUCGAGUUGAUAAUCCAUCGUCUUACAUAUCAUUUCCAUUGGCUAUAUCACGUGGCACGAGAGCUAUCAAGUCUAGAUUAGAGUCUUCUGAAGAAGUACAAAAAUCUGAUGAUAAAUUGUUAAGAAGAAAUCCAAUAAAUUUGGAUGACAGGGUAGAUAUUAAACCAAAAGUUGUGAUUCCAUCUAGACCGCGGAUUAAAACUAAAAAUGAUAAAAUAAAUACUGGCAGUGGAGAUAAAAAAUCAUCGGCUGUUAUUGAAGAAAAAAAAGUAAGAGAAGGUGAAGAUAUUGAUGACGAAGAUAAUGAUGAUGAUGAUGAUGAUGAUGAUGAUGAUGAUGAAGAAGCGAUUGUUGAUGAAGACCAAAAACGAAUUAAUGGACUUAAUUUACUUGGACAAUUAUUCCGUAUAAUGGCUUGGCAAUAUCAGAAUGUAUUUGGAAAAGGAAAUAAUUUAACAGCAUUAGAGACAAAUUCGACUGCAGUUGAAUUUGAUGGUGACGAAGAUCAAGAUGAUGAUGAUGGAAGUUUUGAGCUUGAUUAUGAUUAUGAUUUGGAGCCUAAAGGGCAGAUUGAACGACCGGAAAUAGAAGAUGAUGGAGAAUCUGGGAAGAAAGAGAAAAGAAAAACGGAAGAAAAAAAAAAUAAAGACAAAGUGAUUAAUAAAAAUUUAUUAAGAAGAAAAGUUAAUGUCACAUCUACGACGAAACCGUCUUCUGAUUAAUUAUUUUAGGUUUUAAUUAAAUUUUUUUAAAAUCAUGUGUGUAUUUAAUUUUAAUUGUAAUAAAUAGAUAUUAAUUAUUUGUAAGUAAAAAUUUAUCGGUAAUAAAAUAAAUAAAAAUUAAAAAA